UGUUAGUGUAAGAAACACCAAAAAAAAAGCUGAAAUACUUUUAACAAGACAACAUUCUGUAUUAUUAAGCACCGGGCAUACGUAGGAGGUAGCAGUGAGGGCGAGCUUCUCGUGUUUCGCUUCGCGUAGCUUUUGAUAGAGGCGAGGGACGAGAUUUUUCAAGCGGAUUUCUUCCCUAAAAUUGAUCAUCGUUGGCUGCCCUUGUUGAACAGCGCAAAGCCAUGGCCGACCGCCAGCCUGGAGAUGAAGAAAGUAGUUCGGAGGUUUUGAAACGCAUUGAAAAUGUAAUCCUGGAAAUAAUAACUCAUCUGGCGAAGGAUGAGGCACCAACCCUUGUGCUGCCAAACAGAUCCAGCUGGGACAAUGUCAGCUUUGACAGUGCCAUUGGGCUUCAGAUGAGUUCAACAAGUGCUGUCCGGACGAUCAGAAGUGACUGCCCAAAAACUGCCACCACAUUUUCCCAGAUUCUCAAGAUUCUCUCUGUGACUUACACACUUGUGCAGAGCAACUCAUAUGCCACAAAAAGAGACAUCUAUUACAACCAUCCACAGCUGUUUGGCUCUCAGAAAAUUGUUGAUAGAAUAGUGGAUGAUGUGUCCUGCAUGCUCAAGAUUCCUCGAAGAUCUCUUCGCGUGUUGGCCACGUCCAAAGGUUUAAUCUCGGGUGAUCUUUGUUAUAUGGAGGAGGACGGGACGAGGAUCAACUGCCAUUCAAACUCCGCUGCUGUUGCGGUCUCAUCCAACAUUGCAGGCAUCCGUAAUAUUGUAUCGUCUGCCAAAUUCAUUCUAGUAGUUGAGAAGGAUGCUACAUUUCAGAGACUUCUUCAGGAUGACUUCUGCACAAAGCUUUCUCCAUUAAUCAUGAUCACAGGUAAAGGCUUUCCAGAUGUGAACAGCAGGUUGAUGGUGAGAAAACUCUGGGACGUGCUCCACGUCCCCGUCUUCACUCUGGUGGAUGCCGACCCGCACGGCAUUGAAAUCAUGUGUAUCUACAAGUAUGGAUCAUUGGCCAUGUCAUUUGAGGCCCAAAGCCUGACCAUCCCCAAUGUCAUGUGGUUAGGCCUCCUCCCCUCUGACCUUGAGAGGUUACAGGUUCCUCGGAAUGCUCUGAUCCCCCUCACCAAGGCUGAUGAAAACAAACUCAACAGCCUCCUCAAAAGGCCCUAUGUGACGGCCCAACCAGAGUGGCUGAAAGAGAUGAUGUUGAUGCAGAAGAAUAGAGUCAAAGCAGAAAUACAAUCGCUGGCAGCCAUCGGUCCGGAUUUCCUCACCAGCAUCUAUCUGCCCAACAAACUGCGCUUUGGGGGCUGGUUAUAAGUGCAAUGCUGCCACCUCGUGGGAGAAGGACUUAAUCACAGCAUUGGUUGGAAAUAGCGUUGUAUGGAAUGGAUCCGUUUUAACCUUUACUGUCAAAAUGUCUUGUUUAUUUCACAUGCAUUUACAUUAAUUCUUCCUAUUUUUAUACGAUCUAUGUCACAUUGGGGACGUCACAUUGGGUGUGGUCAUAUUUGGGCAACUUCCUCUAAGUUUGCAGGAGAAGGAAAAGAGAAUAUGGGAGAGGGAAUGACUGUCAAGAUUAAAACACAUUUGCGUCAACAGAAGAAAUGUGGGAUCAUAAAACAUGGAAUUUGGUAUCUUAUUACCAAGUACUAGUCUUUAAACAUAUUUUCAGAUUUUCCAGAUCUGUUUUUUUUUUUUAAUAUUUAUGUUGAAACGAUGUCAUAAUUGUUGAAAUUAAAUAAAAAUGGGUUGAUCUCAAACACUUGGAUACAAAGGCAGAUAA